AUGGUUAUAGACUAUGUCUCCGCUACUACAGCUACCUAUGGAACUACAUCUUUACAUGGUUAUGGACUAUGUCUCUGCUGUUGGCUACAGCUAUUCAUGGAACUACGUCUUUGCAUGGUUAUGGACUACGUCUCCGCUCUUGAGUCUAAAAAGAAGGGGCAUAUCGAUAACUUUUGGUUGAAGUCUUUACUUGGGCUGAAGCGCAAUCUUACGGAAAAUGACAAGAUAAACACCAAAAACAUAUUUGUAUCUUGUGAUUUAGAUGGAAUACAAAUAGGCAAUAAUAAAGCUCUAAAUGAAUUUCAACUGUUAUCGAAAAGAGUCAAGAAUGAUAAACCUGAACAACAACAAACUUCAGAAACUAGUGGAAAGACGGAAUCAAAAUUACCAUCAAACUCUGAAAUCUCUUCUUCUAGCGAAGAGCUUGAUGAGAUUGAGGAUAAGAACGAAAAGGUUGAAUUCGAUAUCAAUAUCAUCAUGAAUCAACUGGAAAUGCAACCCACGGUUAAGCUUCAACAACCCAUUAUCCCACUAUCAAUCUCAAGUGCUCUGCUAGAAGCAUCAAAGAAGCACGUUGUUGGUGAAGACAGUUACAUACAUCCUGAGAGAUCUGAACUAUGA